AUGGGUCAGGCAAGCUCGGAUCAAGAGUUCACUUUACUCGACGCUAGCAUCUCCGAACUACAGAAUGCACUCUCAUCAGGGUGGCUCACCAGCGUGGACUUGGUCUUGCGCUAUCUGCGACGUAUCAGUGUCUAUGAUGCCAACGGACCAAAGCUCAGUGCCAUUCCAAUUCUCAAUUCAUCUGUCUUUGACGAAGCUGCCGCAUCAGAUGCCAGGCGUGCGACGGGACAACCACCACGACCAUUAGAAGGAAUUCCCUUUCUAGUGAAAGACAAUAUCAAAGUCAAAGGUAUGACCGUUGCCAACGGAUCACCUGCUUUUGAGAAGCUCAUCGCGAAUGAAGACGCGGCGUGCGUGCAGAUUCUUCGGAAUGCUGGCGCUGUCCUUCUCGGGCGAACCAACAUGCCUGCCAUGGCGUACGGUGGUAUGCAACGCGGAGUCUAUGGACGUGCCGAGAGUCCUUAUAACAGCGAUUACUUGGCGGCAGCAUAUGCCUCGGGCUCGUCGAAUGGAUCUGCUGUCGCCACAGCUGCAAACUUCUGCGCAUUCUCUUUGGGAACCGAGACUGUCUCGUCUGGCCGGUCGCCUGCAUCGAAUAAUGCUAUCAUUGCAUACACGCCUUCCAAGGGAUUGCUCCCACUUCGAGGCGUGUUCCCUCUCUAUCCAACCUGUGAUGUAUUGGUCCCUCAUACUAGGACCGUUGAGGAUCUAUUCCACGUUCUUGACGUCUUGGGUGUUUCUGAUCCGGCACCAAAGGGAGAUUUCUUCAAUGAACAGCCAUUCGUCAAACUUCCCUCAAUGGAAUCUAUUCGUCCAGAUUCUUUUACAACCCUGAAAGAUAAGUCUUCCUUGAAGGGCAAGCGCAUUGGUGUGCCUUCAAUGUACAUUGGAGGACACGAUUCCUCCAUCCUCCCUGUCAGCAAAGUGAAAACACGACCUUCUAUUAUAAAGCUCUGGCAGGAAGCAAGAAAGGCUCUGGAAUCCUGCGGCGCUGAAGUGGUCGAGACCGAUUUUCCUCUUGUGACAAUCUACGAGUCAAAUGCGGGCACAGGUCAAUUAGUUACUGUUGCCGAUCUUCCAGAUGGCUGGCAAGCCAAAGAACGAUGUGAAGUUGUCUCCCAUGCGUGGGAUGACUUCGUCGUCGUAAAUGGCCAGAAAGACCUCGCAUCUCUAACAGUUGUCGACCCUGACACGAUCUUUCCCCUAGCCCCAGGCUCCCUCCUCGGUACCCCGGAGGCAGCCAACAAGCCACGGUGGGACGAGAUUGUAGCAUAUCCGCACACGAAGCCAUCGUCCAUAUUCGAGAUUGCAGGAAUGAAGCAAGCUAUUCAUGCCCUUGAAAAUGCCCGAAAGGCAACCUUCGAGGACUGGCUGGAUAAGCUUGGUCUCGAUGCUGUGGUCUUCCCCGCGAAUGGCGAUGUGGGCGCUGCCAAUGCUGAUAGAGAUGAAGAUGCCUCGCUUUUUGCCUGGAGCAAUGGUGUGAAGUACUCUAAUGGCAAUCGGCCAAUUCGUCACCUCGGAGUUCCAACAAUUUCAGUUCCAAUGGGCGUGAUGGAGGAUACAAAAAUGCCAGUGAAUCUCACUUUUGCGGGCAAGGCUUAUGAGGACAUUGAUCUACUACGAUACGGAUACGCCUUUGAGAUGGCUUCCAAGCGCCGUACUCAGCCUGCUAAUGUACCAGUCUUGUACUCUGAUCGAAUUUCAGCCAGCAAUACCUCUCGUGUUUCCCAAGGCCCAGUGGAAUUGGCAGUGGAAGAGCAGGUUAAAGAGAUCCAAGACUCAAGGGUGCUCAUUCGGGUUCAAGGUUCUAUGCGAGCAUCUGAUGAUAGUCCCAUGCGUUUAACAUGUUAUGUGAAUGGAGAGCCGUGUGAGGCCAUGGUGGAGAAUAGAAAGUGGUCUCUCUCGACAUCGUACCCGACUUCUGAACGGGAUAACGCAUGGGAGAUGUGGAAGAGUCCAGCGUUGAGCCAGACAAUUGUCGUCAUAACGGCACAUUCAGGCACCCACACAACGGCUGGGAGGCUCAUUCUCUUGUAA